AUGAUCUUCACAUCUACCAUCAGCCUCAUCCUGGCCCUCGCGCCCACCACUCUGUUCGCCGCCCCUACCAAGACCAUCCACUCAAUAGCAAACCUCAUCCCAAGGCAAGACUUGCCAGCUGCUGUCUACGAACAGUUGAAGAAGACGAAUGCGUUGUGUGAUUUGUCCAAAGUUGUGCUCCCCAUCGCCCCAACGCCUCUUGCAGCAGUCAGCGCCGGUCUGACACUCCGCCAUAUUGCCAUCGGCCGCGGCACCCAAAACUACACGUGCUCCUCCAGUUCCAGCGACCCGCCCGUAGCCGUCGGUGCCGUCGCUACCCUUUUCAACGCAACAUGUGACGCCGCGCGCUUGAACGUCAAGGUUCUUUCCGACGUUACCAAGCUAGCUCUGAACUACGCAAUCCCAACUGCUCCAGAGGCCGAGAAGAGGAUGUCCGGCCAUCACGAGUUCACCGAGAAGAAGAUCCCACUGUUCAUGCUACACACAGAUGCCGUCAACUAUGGUUACGUACAGGCGAAGCCAGAUGAAGUAAAGAGUGCUGCACCAAAAGACGCAGCAUCAGGGACAAAUGGAUUCGGCAGUGUACCGUGGUUGAAGCUCAACGCGGUUGAGGGCGACUACAAGGAGGUGUACCGGGUACAUACUGCUGGCGGCGUCGCGCCCAAGUCGUGUCAGAAUAUUACAGGCGGCUUUACGGUCCAGUAUAGCGCGCAGUACUGGUUCUACGCGUAA